AAAGCUGGUUUAUUUGAGCAGGAACAGUGCUGCGCGUGCAGUACAGGCUCGCAUGGCUGGAGCAGGAAGUGUAGCUCCACACACUGCGCAUGUUUGUUCGCGCACAGCCUCUCGCUAUGUAAGGAUGACACCGAGCGCGGGCUAAACGGACUGUCAUACUCCUCAGAGUUGAAGGAGAGCGUGGUCUAUGGCAGAGACAGAAGUCACUGUGUCCGUGGAGGACAUGGUGGAGGUGAAGAGCGCUGAGGAAGAGGAUGCAGAUCCUGACAACCAAAGCAAGACUCAGAUGAUCCUGCAGCUGCAGCCCAUCACAGCUGGGCUUGGAGAUGAAAGCAGUGAGACGGAUGCUGCAGUUGUGGCUGUGGAGACACAAGAUGAGGCGUCUGCUGAAGGAGAGGGUUUGGAGCUUGGUUAUCCCAUUACAUGCGGCGAGAGUAAAGCCAUCCUUCUAGUCAAGAAGUUUGUCUGCCCGGGAAUCAACGUCAAAUGUGUAAAGUAUGAGGAUCAGUUGAUUAGUCCGAAGCAGUUUGUGCACUUGUCGGGGAAAGCCACCUUGAAGGACUGGAAGCGAGCGAUCCGGAUGGGUGGCGUUAUGCUCAGGAAGAUGAUGGACUCGGGUCAGCUGGAUUUCUAUCAGCACAGCACUCUCUGCACAAACACCUGCCGCAGCACCAAGUUUGACCUGCUGAUCAACAACACACGCUUCCCACCGGACGGCAGUGGGCUCAGCACACCCACCACAGCUCAGGGGCAUGUUUCUGUGGGUAACGGAGGUCAGACGGCCACAGCAGAGGAGAAGAAAGAAGACGUGAUCGGUACGGUGGAGUGGAGCACAGCUACGGUAGAAAGCCCAGAGAAAGGAGACUCACCUGAUAUCUCAGAUGAGACGCUGAGUUUCUGGAGGGGCAUCGCUGAGGUGGGGCUGAUGGGGGAGGUGGUGUCCAAUAUCCACUCAGAGCUGCUGAGUCUGCUGAGAGGAGUUCAGCUGCGCACGGAUCAGAGCUCUCUACAGGACGCAGAGAUUGCGGUUCUGAGUAACCUGGCACAAGUCUUUGACCUGCUGGACUCCAUUAAACAAAUUCUGAAUGUUCGACGGCAAAUGACGGACCCAGAGCAGACGCAGGUCCUCAGAGCACUGACAGCAUUGGAACAGCAGGUGGAGGAGCAGAAGCGGCAGCAGACACUCAGCUGGUUGUCUCAAUCCCAGGCCCUCAGCAGUCUGGUUCUCCCCUCCACGCCUCCAUCCAAACGCACUCCCAAACGCCCCCGCCUCCAGCGGCCCGCCUCCACCACCGUGCUCGGCACAUCCGUCGCCCAGCCGCUCACCCUCCAGCCCCAGCAGUUCACCGUGCUCUCCCCCAUCACCCUCUCCUCCAUCGGCCAGUCGUUCGCAGUGGCCGGCCUCAACCAAGCCUCCAACACGGUAACCUUACACGCCCUCCCGGCCGGCUCGCAGCUCUUCACCAGAAUCGCCGCGGGUUCGGAUGGAAAAACUGAUGCCAUCGCGCUCCAUCCGGCGUCUGGGCUCACGCUGCUGGGCGCCACAGCCGUGCCGGACCACGGGCAGCUUGUGAGCCCCGUCGAGCUCGUCCAGUUCACGCAGAAGACGACCUCCGACGUAGCCCAGGACGGUCAGGUGGUGGCAGGUACGGUAAUGAUGCAAGAGAGCGUCGUCAGUGUUGUGCAAGAGGACGAGAACCAAGACAACACCACCCUGAUCGAGAUAGACCCGGCCGCCGCCGACCACAGCGUGAGCGUCAUGGAGCUGCAGCUCGAGGGUGAGGAAGCCGAGGGUGGAGCGACUGUGGUGGAAGGAGGCGAGGAGGUGGUGCAGGGUGAGACGGAGGAAGAGAUACAGCUGGAUGCCAAUGGUCAGUUCCACAAUUUGCCCGUUGUAGUGGUGGAGGAAGAGACGCAGGGCGCCGGCAAAGCUAAAUGAGACACGACACACUCACACAAACCACCCUCAGAGACUGACGGACCGAAUCAGACAGGGACGGGGAUUGUGUCGCCCCAGGUGGAGUUUGUGUUUGCCCUUCCAGCUGUCUCGUUUUUUCAUUACUCUCUUCCUGCACAGCCAAGCUCAGCUCUUCAAGCCUGACUUGUCACGUAUUUGUA